AUGGUGGCUGGUCCACCUGAACCUAAACCACUGGGACCUGAUGCUGCUCUAGAGGGUGGGGCUCUAGAGGAACCAGGUCCUCAGCAAUCUCAACCUAUGGCUUUGGGAGGCCUCUCUAGCACGACCUCAGGCAGAGCAACGAGAGCUAUAGCUGUUAUUAGGAAAGAAUUAUUGCAAUUUGUCAGAAAAAGAAGAGAAGCUUUGGAUCAGAAAAUAGCAUCACCUUCACAAGACAUUUUGUCUCAUUUGCUAUCCUGUCCAGAUGAAAAUGGAAAGUACAUGUCUGAACUACUUAUUGCUAAUAACAAAUUGUUGUUUCCCUUUGCUGGCCAUUACACUUCAUUUGUCACUCUUACUUUACUCAUUAAGAUAACAUUCUGCAAGUGCAUAGAAUUGGAACAGUUUUACUGGAAUACUGCUCAAACAAGUCUGGAUCCAGAAAUUUUCCCCAACGCAACGAGCUUGGAAGCAUCAAGAUUUGAAGGAGCUGGACCUGCACCAUAUACAUAUAUUCCAUUCGGGGUAGGACCUCGAAUGUGCGUAGGAAAAGAGUUUGCUGGGCUGGAGAUUCUCGUCUUUCUGCACAUUUUAAUAAGAAAAUUUAAUUGGAAACUACUUAUUCCCAAUGAGAAAAUGAUAUAUGAUCCAAUGCCUGCCCCUCUUGAAGGACUUCCCAUUAGCCUUCAACUUCAAAAUUACUGA